AUGUUUCGGCAACUCCUUGCUGGAUCACUUCCAACCGAUAUGAUAGUACCUAAUUUCACACAUGUUUAUCCAGAAUGCGACAAAAAAUUAGAAAAAACUAUGAACUUUACUACACUUUACACUAAAGAACUUGAAGCUGGUGAAAUAAUUUGCUUCUAUAAAACAUAUGCCAUUGCAGGAAAUGCAGCAUAUACAGUUAAUGCAACAUACUUCAAUCCUGAAAACACUUCUAUUUAUGAGACAAAGUUUGCAGAAUCACCAUUUUUGGUUUCUGGUCCUAUCUCACCAAAAGUUAUUCCAGUUUCAAAAGUUGCAUGCAAGGAUAGUUCAAAGAAAUGCAAAAUUCAAUUCAUAUCAAUAACACCAUCAGGUCAUCAAAAACUUGAGGAAUCUGAUUUGUAUGUUGAUAAUAUAUUUGAUUCCUAUUUAUCAACAAAGAAGAAACAAUCAUUUUCUAAAUCAUACAGUAUGGAAUUUCAUAUAAGCUCAAAGAACAAUAAAGUCAAAAGGGUCAUGAAUUCUUCUACUUUUAUCAGUACUCAUAUUGGAUCAAAGAGCAGAACAAUUACAGUAUCACCAGAUUCACUCUAUGUUUUUGCUGAUGGUAAAAAACAGGAAAAGAACACAGGAACAGGUAAGGCUUUAUCUUUUGCACCUUCUCAAGAAUUCUCCCUCUCUCUUGUUAAUAUGUCAGAAUUACAAACAAAGAUUCAGACAGAUAAGAAAGAUGGCAAAAUAAAUGAUAGCUAUAAGAUUGAUAAGAAGGGAUCACAAACAAUUACUGUUUCUAUAUCAGAACCCAAGUCUUCUUCAGAAGAUGAAGAAUUCUUCUUCGAUGAAGAUAAGGAAUAUUAUCUUAAAGGAGAUGCCUCAUUAAAGUCUAAGAAAGAAGUUGAAGAAGAUACAAAAGAGAAUCCACCUCCAGGAAGUAGCUUCCCAGCUUGGGAAAUUGCAGUUAUUGUUAUUGUCAUCAUCCUCAUUAUUGUUAUCAUCAUCAUUAUCAUUUUCUGCUGCUGCUGCUGCUGCUGCAGCUGCUGCAGCUGCAAGAAAGGCUCAAGCAAUGUAGGUUCUGCAAAGGAUGAUGAAGACUCAGGAUCUGGUGUCAAUGUAUAA